AUCCAAAUUAGUCCAUUUGUACUCCAAUUAUAUGAUAUCUUUGACCACACUAUAGUAAAAAACCAAGUGUAGAAUCUGACCAAAUCGCCCUGGUCUGCCACCUUGCUCCGCUCCGGCGAAUCCAUUGCCGAUCAUUAUUCCGGCGAAAUUGAGUUCUUUCGGCUGUGAAAUUCAAAGAUAGUUGUCAUUCAAAGCUCCAUGAAGAUGGCUAUGCCAUUUGGUGAACAAGUAGAUGUCUCAUCUGAUGAAUCAUCUUCGUCUGAUGGGGAUGACCAUAAAGCAGAAAGCGAGCAGAUGAGCAACAACAUUGCUGUCAACCAAGUUGUUGAAGAACUUGUUUCUGAAGAUGCAUUUCUCAGAAGAGCGAGAAUGUAUCAAGAGUACAUGCAGCUGGUUCCUAUCCCCACACAGACUCACUCCUCUAUUCCUUGCACCUCUUGGGCAGGGUUGGCUGCAUCAAUUAAGAAGUUAUAUGGGCAACCACUGCAUUACCUGACCAACCUCUGCAUAAAGCAACGGGAUCAAAUGAGGAUUGGGGCCGAUGACGAAGUUGAUCCAUUGGAGAUGCUCAUCCAUCCGACCAAAGCCGAAUCAAGCAUCUGGCUUAUGGAAGAAGUUCACAGGCGUACUUCGUCUCCUCAUUACCUUGCCAAACUCUGGCUUGCUGAUCCCAUGUAUCAUGUUUAUAUUGAUCCAAUUUUCCCAAAGUUGCAGAAUCCAUCCAAAUAGAUUCUUUCUGCAAUACCAAUCCAUCUGAUGGACUUUGUCUAUAAUCCUGAAUUUCUAGUUAGAAAAACAAAAUCGUUAUCCCCAUCACCCAGCCCAAGACAAAUUUUAUAUUUUAAAAAGUGUUUGUCAGAUGGCUGCUUUUAAGUUUAUCUCAUGUUUUCAUAUUGAUGUAGUA